AUUUUGAGGUGUCAUUGUAGACUGCUGGCGUUUCAAAGUGAAAUGAUUUCCUAUGCGUCAAUGCUGUCUGAGACAAAACGAUGAGGGAGAGAAAGAGAUGGAGAGAGAGAGAACACAGGUGAGGAUGCACGCGUUGGCAGACAGUUAAGCCUACAGCUGAUUCUAUACAUUUUCAGCACUAUGGACAGUUCCAUUCUGCAGCGCGAGCAGACAGAGGGAGUAUAAAAGGUAGGAGCCUCGGUGCUUAGCCUGCACACCAACACGGCUGAGUUUACUGAGGCAAUAUGAGCCUCAGAAUGGACAAUCUUUCGGGUUCUCCGCAUAGGGCAGCUCAAGCUGAGUAUUGCUGCUAUCAACCUAAACUGACCGGAUCCCCCUCUGCGUCCAGGACCGUUGGCUUUGAGUCGACUACUGCAUACACGAACAGAGGAUAUGUGACGACGCUGAAGAGCGAAUUCGGAUCCAUUCCGAGAUCAUCGGAGAGCCUUUUCGAUUUGUCAGACCCAUUUACCGGGGUGUUGACGAAAAUGAAUGAGAAAGAACUGCUCCAUGGGCUGAACGACCGUUUCGCCGGAUUCAUAGAGAAGGUGCGUCAUUUGGAGCAUCGAAAUGAAUUGUUUGAGAGGGAAAUCGAGGAAAUCAAACUAAAGGCACAGUCCCCUGCGUCUCUGGCCCAGGAGCACGAGCCGGAGCUUAUGUACCUGAGGAACCUAGUUCAUGACAUCACCCUUCAGAAGCGUCAGAUCGAGAUAGAGCAUCAGAACCUGGAGGAAGAUUUCCUCACCUUGAGAGACAAGUACGAGCAGGAGGCACGUGACCGCUCAGAUGCAGAGAACGGCAUCCUUGUGCUGAAAAAGGACGCCAACGAUGCAUACCUCGCCAAACUUCAGUUGGACGAGAAAGCGCAGUCUCUGGUGGACGAGAUUCACGUCCUGAAGAAGAACCAUGAGGACGAGGUAUCAGAAAUGGUGGCCCAGAUCCAAGAGGCUCAAGUAACGGUCAAGGCGCACGACUUUGGCAAACCUGACAUCACUGCAGCUCUCCGGGACAUCCGUGUGCAGUUAGAAGGUCACGCCACCUCCGACUUUCAGCAGGCCGAGGAGGGCUUCCGUAUCCAGUUCGCAAAGUUAACCAAAGCGGCAGAGAGCAACAGAGAGGCGCUGAAGGCGACCCAGCAGGAGAUCCAGGAGAAUAGAAGGCGCCUGCAGGGGAAAACAAUUGAACUGGACUGUGGGAAAGGAAUGAGAGAGGCCCUGGAAAAACAACUACAAGAGCUGGAGGAGCGUCACUAUGCGGAAAUGAUUCAUUACCAGGACACUAUCAGGCAGCUGGAGAAUGAGCUGACCAAUGCUAAACUAGACAUGUCUGGCUACCUGAGAGAGUACCAGGACCUGCUGAAUGUCAAAAUGGCUUUGGAUGUGGAGAUUCUCUCUUAUAGGAAACUCCUGGAGGGUGAGGAGUCCCGUCUGUACACCAUCUCUGACACCCACAUCUCCAUGCCCUGCAUCUACCGCCAGUCCCCCGUCUACACCCUGCCUUGCCUGGCCCGGCAGGGAGGGCCCACACGCAGGUCUGAGCCCCAGUACAAGUUUGUUGAGGAGAUCAUCACUGAGACCACCAGAGACAUGGAGAUGUCCGAGAUCGAGGAGACAGGCUCCGAGGAGACGGUCGGGGGAGAGGGAGACGAGUUGAGACAGAAGCAGGGAGAAGAGAGUGACAAAGCUGAGAGGAGGAGUGGGGAAGAGGUGGAUGAGCAGAAAGAGAAAGAUAGAGGUAAAGUGGAUGUUGAAGUGGACGCCCCGGAGGAAGAGGGUGAACAGGAGGAAGAGUCUAAGAGACAGCAGAUGGUAACAUCAGCAGAGGUCGAGGUAAAUGGAGAUGGAGUUAGCCCUAGCGAGGGAGAAAAUGGAGAGGAGGGAGAGGAUGAAAGAGAGGAGGAAAAGGGGGGUGAGCCAGAUGCAAUCAAAAAGACAGAGGACAUUGACAGAGGUGAAAAUACACAAAGUGAAGUCAUCUCAGUUGAGGCCACCAGUGAGGGAGAGAAGGAAAAAUUGGAGACAACAGAGAAGCAAGACAGCGAGAUAAAGGGGACAUUAGAAAAAGAUGACACCCCAAAACAUGGUGAAUCCCAACCAGAGAUUCCCAUCUCAACAGAACCCAAAACUUCAGAGUCAGAGGAUAGCAAAACAGGAAGUUCAAUAAAGGGUGAACCACAGGUCCCCACAGAGGACAUCUCCAAAGAACCCAAAAAGGUGUCAGAGGAGAGAAAAAAAGAAAGCCCUUUAAAAGAGAAAAAAGAGGUAGAUCUGAAAGAGGAGAGUGCCCCAACAGAGCAACAUCAAGACAGCCCAAAAGAAAGUCCCAUCAAAGAGAGAAAACAUUUAUAUCUGACAGAGCAGAGUGCCCCAACACUGGAGCAGAAACCUGAUGAGAAGGAGCAUAGAGAGUCAGGCCAACCUCAAGAGGCAGAGAGUGCUGUGACAACACAAGAAGAGGAUCUCCCUGAUUCCACAGAGAAGGACAUGGAAUCCCCUGAUAUCACUGCAGAGCUGAAGAGCAGUCCAACCAAGGAGACAGUGGAGCAGGUGAAGUCACCAGAUGAUUCUAGUGUAGAAAUUACACAAGAUGAGAAAACAGUAGGAGGUAAAAUGCCAGACAGAAUUAUCAGCACAACAAGUGAGUGUAAGGAAGAGCCUGUGCAAAAGACUCUUAAAAAGGAGGUGGGUCCGACAAAGCCAGAAGUGAGCAGCAAGGAUGAUAUUGUAAAAAGUGUUGUGCAGAAUGAACAUAAUGGCAGUGAAAAGGUCACAAAAGAUGUCUCAAUGGGUGAGGAAAAAGGGAAAGAAUCUAAGACAUCCCCUAAACCGGACCCCACUGUGACCCCUAAAGAAGAAACAUCCCCUAAACCAGACCCCACUGUGACCCCUAAAGAAGAGACAUCCCCUAAACCGGACCCCAUUGUGACCCCUAAAGAAGAAACAUCCCCUAAACCAGACCCCACUGUGACCCCUAAAGAAGAAACAUCCCCUAAACCAGACCCCACUGUGACCCCUAAAGAAGAAACAACCCCUAAACCGGACUCCACUGUGACUCCUAAAGAAGAGACAUCCCCUAAACCAGACCCCACUGUGACCCCUAAAGAAGAAACAUCCCCUAAACCGGACCCCACUGUGACUCCUAAAGAAGAGACAUCCCCUAAACCAGACCCCACUGUGACCCCUAAAGAAGAAACAUCCCCUAAACCGUACCCCACUGUGACCCCUAAAGAGGAAACAUCCCCUAAACCGUACCCCACUGUGACCCCUAAAGAAGAAACAUCCCCUAAACCGGACCCCACUGUGACCCCUAAAGUAGAAACAUCCCCUAAACCAGACCCCACUGUGACCCCUAAAGAGGAAACAUACCCUAAACCAGACCCCACUGUGACCCCUAAAGAAGAAACAUCCCCGCAUCCAGUGCCAACUGUCACUCCUAAAGAGGAUACAUCCCCAAUACCGGACCAAUCUGUCACCCCUAAAGAAGAAACAUCCCCUAAACCGGACCCCACUGUGACCCCUAAAGAGGAGACAUCCCCUAAACCAGACCCCACUGUUGCCCCUAAAGAGGAGACAUCCCCUAAACAGGGACCAGCAGUCACCCCUAAAGAAGAAACAACCACAAAACCAGACCAAACUGUCACCGCUAAAGAGGAGACAUCCCCACAACAGGAGCCAACCGUAACCCCUAAAGAGACAUCCCCUAAACCGGACCCCACUGUCACCCCUAAAGAAGAGACAUCCCCUAAACCGUACCCCACUGUGACCCCUAAAGUAGAGACAUCCCCUAAACCAGACCCCACUGUGACCCCUAAAGAAGAAACAUCCCCUAAACCGUACCCCACUGUGACCCCUAAAGAAGAAACAUCCCCUAAACCGUACCCCACUGUCACCCCUAAAGAGGAGACAUCCCCACAACAGGUGCCAACCGUCACCCCUAAAGAAGAGACAUCUCCUAAACCGGAUCCCACUGUCACCCCUAAAAAAGAAACAGCCCUAAAACCGGACCAAACUGUCACCCCUAAAGAGGAGACAUCCCCAAUACCGGACCAAACUGUCACCCCUAAAGAGGAGACAUCCCCAAUACCGGACCAAACUGUCACCCCUAAAGAAGAGACAUCCCCUAAACCGGACCCCACCGUGACCCCUAAAGAAGAGACAUCCCCUAAACAGGGACCAGCAGUCACCCCUAAAGAAGAAACUUCCCCAAAACCAGAACUAGCAGUCACCACUAAAGUAGAAACUUCCCCAAAACCAGAAAUAGCAGUCACCACUAAAGUAGAAACUUCCCCAAAACCAGAACCAGCAAUCACCCCUAAAGAUGAAACAUCUCCUAAACCAGAACCAGCAUUCACCAGUAAAGAGGAGACAUCCCCACAACAGGAGCCAACCAUAACCCCUAAAGAGGAGACAUCCCCAAUACCAGACCCCACUGUGACCCCUAAAGAAGAAACAACCCCUAAACCGGACCCCACUGUGACCCCUAAAGAAGAAACAACCCCUAAACCAGACCCCACUGUGACCCCUAAAGAAGAAACAACCCCUAAACCGGACCCCACUGUGACCCCUAAAGAAGAAACAUCCCCUAAACCGUACCCCACUGUGACCCCUAAAGAAGAAACAACCCCUAAACCAGACCCCACUGUGACCCCUAAAGAAGAAACAACCCCGCAUCCAGAGCCAACUGUCACUCCUAAAGAGGAGACAUCCCCAAUACCGGACCAAUCUGUCGCCCCUAAAGAAGAAACAUCCCCUAAACCGGACCCCACUGUGACCCCUAAAGAGGAAAUAUCUCCACAACAGGAGCCAACCGUAACCCCUAAAGAAGAGACAUCCCCUAAACCGUACCCCACUGUCACCCCUAAAGAAGAAACAUCCCCUAAAUCGUUCCCCACUGUCACCCCUAAAGAGGAGACAUCCCCUAAACCAGAACUAGCAGUCACCACUAAAGAAGAAACUUCCCCAAAACCAGAACCAGCAGUUACCCCUAAAUUUGAAACUUCCCCAAAACCAAACUCAACCAUCACCCCUAAAGAGGAAAUAUCCCCUAAACCAGACUCAACCCUCACCCCAGAAUCAACGACCACCCCUAAACCAUACUCAACCCUCACCCCAGAAUCAACGACCACCCCUAAACCAGACUCAACCCUCACCCCAGAAUCAACGACCACCCCUAAACCAGACUCAACCCUCACCCCAGAAUCAACGACCAUCCCUAAACCAUACUCAACCCUCACCCCAGAAUCAAUGACCACCCCUACGGAAGAGAGUGAAACGACGGGCAGUGGUGACAAAGCUAAGACAAUCACACCACCAGAGAAACAGAUGCCUGCAGUUGCAGAGAGCAAUUACUCCUAAAAUGAAGAUUCCAGAAAGCAACACAACUCAGGAGAAACAAGAGGAAAGUAUGGACAAAGAGCCUGAGAAGGUUACAUAUCCCAAAGAUGGAACCCCAAAGACAGAGAGCGUGAAAACCAAGGCCUCUAAGUUAAAAUCUGAACAAGUUGAGAUAUCUAUUACAAAUACAUUACCAGUGAAAGAACAGGAUGUAUCAGCCGUGGGUUUGAAAGAUCAGACAGUUGAAGAGAAGAUAACAGAACAAGAUACAUUUUAAAUAGACGAGAACUGCUUUACCGGACAAGCUGCUAAGCCAAUCGCAGAGAAGCAAGCUAAACCUAAAACUUGGGACUUAACCUCUUUUUAGAAUGACUCGAUUUAGAGGUCAGUAGAGGUUUUCUGUAAAACUGCAUGGUUAGUGCAAGGCUUUAAAAAAAUAUGAGAACUGCUCCCCCCAAAAAUAUUAAUUGACGCUUAAUAUGUAAAGUAUCAUGGUUCGUGACUGUCAAUUAUGACCAGGGCCGCAACUUUCACUGGGGACGGGGACGGGGGGACAUGUCCCACUCCCACAUUCUGAAAUUGUAUUUAUGUCCCCCCCAGUUUUAUCAUUGGAAGGUGAUACAAAACAAGGCAACGAUGUGCUUUAGGACCAUACGGACGCCUCCGAGUGGUCGGGUAGGUUGUUUGGAGUGUUUAUCCGACUUUAUAUAUAUAUAUUUUUACAAUAAUAAUAAUGUCCCCCCCCACUUCUGAAGCCAAAGUUGCGCCCCUGAUUAUGAGGCACAAUUAAUGAACUCCUGCAAGAGAGACGUACUGUAAUAUUGAAUGUAACAAACCAAAAGCUGUAUUUUGCUGUAUAUAUUUACUUCUGACCAAUGGAUGAUAAUGUGCAUAGGGAUGAUAAUGAGAAUGGUUGAUAAUGUGAUUUGAUCAUGCCUGAAUGCGCUGAGCAAUAAAUGCUAUUUGAAGAGCA